AUGUCGCGGUCUAACUCCUCUGAUAAUGCCAAUAAAUCUGAUCACAGAACGACCCUCCCCCCUAUUAGGGAUCUCUUUCGAGACGAACUGUCUCGGUCUCCCCAUCCACCAUAUCCAGGGGAUCCUAAUUAUUCGCCUUCAACUUCUUUAGCCCGUCUCAGUCUGCAUCCUUCAGAUGAAGACCGCAGUCGGCCAGAGCCUCACGAUCGUUAUGUUUACGCCCAUGCUUCAAGGCAAGUCAAUUACCAGUUAAACGAAUAUCCCCGCGGGUAUGCUGGGCAUUCCGCGCUGGGGUUAUCAUCUCUUCCUGCGCUUCCUCCGCUAUCUUCAGCAUCUACAGCAACUUCGCAUUCUUUGCCUAUGCCGCCAACACUCGUUUCGUCCUUUCCUCCACAUAGACCAUCGUCAAUGAAUCCGACGCCCGGUCGUGCCGCACACCUAGCCGACCAUUACCGGUCGAAAUCAUUGUCGGAAGCUUCAGUUCGAGAAAGAUCCUCUCAGAACCCACCUUAUCCCGACAGAGCGUAUCAUGGUACACCCCCUAGGGCAGGUUCCACUCUAAAUCCGGAAGUAGACUGGCAUACCCGGCAUGCUUCAGUCCCUCACGCUCAGCCGUUUGUGCAGGGCAGUUUCCCGUACGGCCGUAAUCCAUCCGGUACUCCGGGGAGUCAACUAUUGGAUCCGGCUGGGGGCGUGAGCGGCCGGGGCAGAUCUGGCAGCGACACAGGCGUCGACAGAUCUACGUCGGGCAAAUAUGAAUGUCCGUAUUGUCAUAAGGGAUUCAAUAGACCGAGUAGCCUGAAGAUCCACAUCAAUUCGCAUACGGGUGAAAAGCCAUUCAUGUGUCCGUACGAAGGAUGCGGGCGGACGUUUAGCGUCCUCAGCAAUAUGCGCCGACAUGCGCGGGUGCACACUCAGCCGCCAAUGUCGUUAAGGGAGAGCUCAAGUGAUGAUCCCGAAGGCAGCGACGGUGGCGGUUCUGUCUCUAGCUCGCCGCCUAUGCCUUUGAGAUCGUCAUCUUCCUUGUCUGCCAUGGGGCCUUCUGCUUCGUCUCGCACGUAUUCGUAUCCCGUUUCUGUGUCUCAAACGACAGGUCGCGCUCCUGCGGGCCACGACGUGCGCGGUCGUCGGCAAGGCUCUGGAAGUCGCAGUCGUAGUUCCUCUUCGGAAGAGGGCCAGGCGUAG